CACAAGUUCGAACUCUCUUCUGCAGUAAAGAGAGAGAGAGAGAGAGAGAGAGAGAGAGAUCCUUGGUUAGGCAUGGCCGCCACGAAGAGUAAGACGAGCAGCUUCUCUCGCAACCUAAUGGGUGCACAACUGGCGCAGACACCAGGUCUCAAGCAAGGGCUGAACGGUGCUACCUUCAUCUCCUCUGGAAUACCAAACCUUGACAAGAUUUUAGGAGGUGGGUUCCCUCUUGGAAGCUUAAUCAUGGUAAUGGAAGAUGUAGAAGCACCUCACCAUCUGCUACUGUUAAGGAAUUUCAUGUCUCAGGGACUAGUUCACGAGCAACCCCUUCUCUAUGCGAGUCCGGCAACAGACCCAAGGGCUUUUCUGGGGACUUUGCCAUGUCCUAUUUUGACGAAGGACGACAAGGUUAUUGAUCGUGAGCCAGAACAGAAGGGGUUAAGGAUUGCUUGGCAGUAUAAGAAGUACUUUGGGGAGAAUCAACAGAGUUCUGAGGGUCACAGAGGCUUAGGUAAUCACUUAAGGGCUUUUGCAAACUUGAAGAGAGGAAGGUGCAUUAUUGACUUGUUUCUUGAUGCAUCCUUACGAAGCACUCAAGUCCUGGCAAAGACUAGGCAGGAGUACUGCAAUGACUUUGAUUUGCGGAAACCUCUGGAACGGCGAUUACUCAGCGGAGGGCACAUUGAUUGUGUUAGCCUUAAAGACUAUACAAAUAUCACUGCUUUUCAGGAUCGUUGUUCUUCCUUUUUAGCUAAAUUUGCCAGAAACGAUGCAGGACCUAGAUGUGCUGGUCGUAUUGCCAUACAAUCUCUUUGUGCUCCACAAUGUGGCUAUGCUGAAAUGGAAUGGGAUAUGAUUUCCUUUAUUAGAUGUCUUAAAAGCAUGGUACGAUCUUCAAAUGCAGUUGCUUUGAUUACAUUUCCCCCUUCACUUCUUUCACCAUCUUUUGCUAAGAGAUGGCAGCAUAUGGCAGACACUUUGCUCUCAGUCAGAGCAAUACCUGAUGAGGACAAGGAAAUGGCAAAACUCCUUACAGGUUACCAGGACAUGGUUGGGCUUCUCCAUGUCAAUAAAGUGGCUCAGAUUAAUUCACAGGUUCCUGUAAUUCUAGAAGCAAGCACAUUCUCAAUGAAGCUACAAAAGCGGAGGUCUUUGGUCUUAGAACGUCUAAAUCAAGCCCCUGUUGAUGGUUCAAGUGGGACUUCAUAUGGCACAUCCGCUGGUUGCUCUGGAUCCUCCAAAUCUGCAUCCAUUGAUUUUUAGUGCUUUACUUCAUCUGGAUAUAUUAUAACCAGUUGCCAGAACUCAAGUGCAAAAUAGGCAGUGCCUACUGCAAGGUUUCUCCAUAUCUUUGAGCUAGCAACUGAUCUUUCAGAUGCAUGCAUCGAGUUUUGCCCGAUUAGUUUUCUGAUGUUUUGUACUGCGAUGACAUCCGAACAUAUACACAUCUUUGAGUUGGGGAAAGGUUGAGGUGAUCAUUCCUUGAACAGUACGUCUGGUAGGGAGACCUAUAAGUUUGCAGUGUGGAAGUGUUGUUGCAUGCUUCGUAGUGGGCUUUCCUUUCCUUUUUUUUUUUUUGGGGGGGGGGGGUGUGGGCGUGGUGGGGGGAAGGUGUUCUUGGGUGCAAUUUAAUGGACUGCCAGGAUCCAAAACUGGUAUUAUACAUGACAUAGAGGUCAGUUAAACAUUACUCAGAGCUUCUCUUCCAUCAAUUUUAAGUUUCUGUUAGGCCA